AUGCCCUCCGUUCGCUCCCUCCUCGGCCUCUUGGCCGCCGCGGCGGCCUGUGGCGCCUUCGCCUUCCUGGGCUAUUGUAUUUACCUCGACCGGAAGCGGCGCGGGGACCCCGCGUUCAAGCGCCGCCUGCGGGACAAAAGAAGAGCCGAGCCUCAAAAGGCUGAGGAGCGGGGCAGGCAGUUGUGGGAUCCAGCGAAGAAUAAAAAAUUGCAAGAACUUUUCUUGCAAGGACGGAUGGGAGAACUUUGGUUAUCUAGAGGAGAGCACAGAAUGGGGGUUCAACACCUCGGCAAUGCCCUUUUAGUGUGCGAGCAACCACGGGAACUUCUGAAAGUUUUCAAACACACACUCCCUCCCAAGGUAUCUGAGAUGCUGUUGCACAAAAUUCCCCUUAUUUGCCAGCAAUUUGAGGCAGACAUGAAUGAACAGGAAUGCUUAGAGGAUGAUCCUGAUUGA